ACAUGACCUGUCAAGUAGGAAGUGUCGAGCUAGCGGGCGCAGCAGUCACCACAAACCCACGACGAGCAGGGAGCUACGAAGUACUCGAAGACUCGUUCUCCACAUUCUCUCUCAAGAUACCCUUUUCUAUUUGAAGCCAGCAGAGCUGUAAGUCGACCGCAGACAUGUACCUGAAGGUGGUGUUUUUCUCGGUAGCUCUGGCUCUGAUUGGAGCAGCAGCCGCAGUCUCAGAUGGAUGUUCCUCACUGUCAUGUGAGGCAUGUGGAACCACCACUGACUGCCAGUGGGUUAAUUGCACAACAUUAGCAGUUGGCUGUCACAACAUGACUCUCAAUGGAGAAAACAUUACUUGCAGCAAUGCAAGUUGUGCAGCUUUUGAAACCUCAACAAUCCCGACUGCACGUACCUCUUCUUCUUCGGCUACUGUCCCUCCCACUACGGCCCCCCAUACCCCUGUUGUCACCACCACCUCUAACAGCAGUACCACAGGCAAUUCAACAGCAACCCCUGUCGCUACAACUUCUAGUACCAACACUUCCGUCUCUACAGCCCCAGCUACAACUGGAAGCACCACACAAGGCCCUACAACAGCACCUUCUCACAAGUCCUCCACAUUUGAUGCUGCAAGCUUCAUUGGUGGAAUAGUGCUGGUGCUGGGCCUGCAGGCCGUGAUCUUCUUCCUCUACAAAUUUUGCAAGUCCAAGGACCGUAAUUACCACACCCUUUGAAGUGUCUGCACUUUAGGAUCCACAUUAUUCAACCUAUCCCCAUCACAUUGACUCUACCAGAGAAAACUCCCCACUCGGCACACACUCAUCAGGUGAACUCAAACAGUGUUUCCAAGCAGUGUUUUAAUCAUUGCUGUUGUUGCCACUUCUUGUUUUGACAUAUGAUAGUGCUACCGAUGAAGGGUAUAAAAAGGCAGGUGCACGUGCCUGUAUGUAUAAUUCAUUCCAUUUGGACUUGUACAAACUUAACAGGUCUCUACUGAAAGGCAUUUAGGACUUGAGUGGAUGGAUUACAUCACUUGGUAGCCACCCCCACCUCCACCAUGUUAGUCAUUCUGCAAAGAGCAUUUUCCAGCUAAGUGAGUGGGCUUGUGUUAUUUACAGCCCCUCUUCUCACACCUUUGUUAAUUAAAUCAGCCAUACGAGAGUUAAAGAAUCAGUCAUGUAUAUAGUAGAGCUUUCCUGUUGAUGCUUGAAUUCAUACAACUGCUAAGUGAGAAAUUACAUCAGCUUUUUUUUUUUUUUAAAUCCUCAUUUGGAAACACUGUUUGAGUUCAUAGUUAUUAACAAUGACAAAUGAUGAUUCGGAAUUGCUUUUAGUCUGUUAAAUUGUGGGUUUUCUAUUCUUCACAAAGUUGUUUUCAUGUAUAUGUGUUCUUAGAUGAUGUAAAAGAGGCAGGGUUACUUGCAAGUAGAAUAAAAGCAGCAUCCAAUCAUCUGAUGUCAGACUGAAAAAAAUGGUCUUAUUUGAUUAGCGACUCCCUUGAUUUUUGAGAAGUGCUGAGUGUUUUCUGCUCUUCAGUUCUCCUGGGAAAUCUAUCACCCCAUACAAGAUGUUAAAAAUGUCCAAUGCCAACUGCCAGUAGAGCAGCUCAAUGCAAUAAAUUAUGUAUAGAGUUAAUUUCAGAGCCACAAAUCUCACAACUCUUACUUCUAAUCAUUAAAUCUUACCCGCUUGGGUAGCAAAUGUGGAGCUGGCCCUUCCUUUCUGCAGUUAUUAAACGGGGUCAAAGUGAAUGUAGAUUUUUUUUAUUUUAUUUUUUUCAGAAAUAUGAAUAAUUUGUGUGGAAUGGAGAUUAAGGUUGCAUUUGAGGGGUGUGUACCUGUGUUGAUGCGGACAGUGAAGUGCCUUUAAUGUCCAGAGUGAAUAAAAGUGAGAAAUAUAGGAGUACUUAAUUCCUAAGUUUAGCCCUGAGUGUUAUUAGCUUUUUGUAAUUACAUAAUGGUAUCGCAGUGCUGAUGUCUGGGACAGCUGUAGUAUCCCAGCUGGACUGAAGAGCUGUUUAUUGUCAAAGAAUACAGUAGACUGGUAUCGCUCAAGGGCUUCGAUCAGUGUGUAGGAACAGCAGAUGAUUAUAUGUUGUGUAAGAGAGCUGUCGUCAUCCCACUGGUGACUGGAGUAAAUAAUUAAUAUGUAGUUUUUGAUUUAGUAACUGCGAAUGCCAUCCCCCAAUUUCUUCUAUCCUUUCUUGUUCAUGUUUCAGACCUGAGUUAUAACUUUAGACUGUAGAUGAACAGUGGGCUGGCAGGACAUUUGUUGUUUAAUGUGAGAUCAACCUGAGUGGGCACCUCUUUUAAGGAAUGGCAAAAAUAUCGGGACUAAUUUGAAAACCUGAGUAUUCAAGAGAGUGUGUUUUGAGUAAACACUGUUGGACUCUUUUGAGUUUUUGUUUGGUCAAGGUAUGAUUUCUGACUUUGCAUUAAAGUGCAGAAGGGCAACAACAAGGAGGCCGGGCUGAAGCUCAUGUUCAGUCUUGUAAUUAGCUAGCUGCUGCUAACUGUAUUUUCUUGACUUUUUUUUAAACCCCCAUCACCUCAGUUUUGUCCCUCUUGUAUAUAGACCCGAAUUUGUUAAUCUUCUAGUUUUUCUUUUUGUUGUUUGUUGGGUUUUUUUCUGAAGGAAAGGCAAAAUGAAGUGUUUAUCAGAACAUUUUUCCCUUUGCAGCUUGCCAGUGCCGAGCAGGUUUUGUUUAAAUGUUUUUUUUUUCGCAUUAGUGCAUGAUGGAUGCGCAGAGUUGUGAUUCCCCUCCCCCCCGUCAUUGCAUAUGCUCAUAGAAAUUUAGAUACACUUAAAAACCACUUGAUUAUUUGUAAUUAGCCCAUAUGCUAGUUGAAAGAAUGCCUUGAAACUGUGCAUUUAGCCAAAGUCCUCAGUUUUUGGCAUGGAAAUUGAGCAUUGUACUGGCAAGCUUUGUUUUGUAACUUUGCCUUUGUAAAUGUUUUUCAUGGUUCUGCUAAAAAGAGAGAAAGAGAGAGAGGGAGAAAUUAAAAUGCUUGUAUAAUUUUAAAUAUUAAUGACAGUGUGACCAUAAACAUUAAGAAAUACAUGAAUGCAAAUGAUUUUUCGCUUGUAUAACUUGAGGUUGCAUGUUUUCUGCUGCUCAUCAUUAACACGCCUUUUAACCUACAGUCACCUGAUGGUAUUAGGCUGUAGCCCAAAGACCCAAGUGUGACAGGUAGGCCAGAGUUUAGCCUUAGCUGCACCCAUUUCUUCAGUCUGCACGUGGAGUUCCUUUACCUGAAUUAAGAGAAAUAUUUAGAAUGUUAUUCACAACUGUUGAGUAGGCUGCUGUGUUUCUUCAGAGUGCUCUCUGUUUUCAACAUGGAAGCUGCAUUCCUUAAGAACACUGCAUCACAUGUAGACAUUGUGUGGUGUCCUAACACCAUUGGUAUCCAUGGAUACCUAAUGUCCAUUGUGUUGCGUCUGCAGCUUUUACAAAUUACUCAGUCAGUGCACCUCCUAAGGAAAAGUGCCUUAUUCAGUUAAUAUCCAUAUACAGUUGUGUUGUAGAAAUAAAUGCCACAUGUAAUAAAUAUGUGAGACUCAGCACUUUCAGGCCCCUGCGGAGUGGUUCUGUGUUGUAUUCUGCAUAAAUGUAUGUUCUGACACACUCAGCCUUAACUUCCUGAUCAAAUUCACAGAGCAAUUGCAAGCGGCAAGCCGUCCAGGCAAUGACUAGGUCAAUUCUGUUUCAGACAUGGUGGCUUUUCAUCUGUGUUUAGAGCAUUCAAACCAAAUGCUGCUUAAAUGUCAAAUGAAUUAAAGGUUUCAGCUUGAAAAAUCCUGGUUGUAGUCUGGACAUCUUGUCAGCUCUUUGUAAUGUAACCACAGACCUCUAAUGUUCUCUGUUGCAACAUUUCCCCACUUGAUAACUUGAACUUCACUUUAGUUGUAAUUUGCAACUGUUGCAUUUUAUGACUUGCUUUAUGUCUUGUAGGAUUUUAAAUUAAAAUUUGCUUGGUCAUGGAGGGCUCACCUAUCAGUUUUCAGUCUUGCAGUGUUCAGUUUAAUGUAAUGAGUAACGGACUACUUCGUUCCUUUGCCUUGUUGCUUAAUUGCGAAGUGCACACACUGUUGUGCUGGCUUUGAGUGGCCACUAGUCUUGGUACGAUUUUUGGUUUUCCAUCACCCCACUUUAUCAACCGCACACAUACAGAGCCAUAUGUAGACACUUGAUAGUGCCACAAUGCCUCCUGAAAUGUUUUGUGCCCCUCACCCACCUCAAAUUUUUUUGUGCCUCUUAAGCCUUUUAAUUUUUGGCCUUGUUUUCUGGUGUUGCCUUUAGUUUCACAUUGUUAAACCAAUAAAGUUUGGAUAUUGUUAAACAAA